GCCGAGAAGCUCGAGCAGGCCAAGGCCAAGAAGGCCAUCGACGCCGCGCAGGCCAAGGGGGCCAGGGAGACCGCGCAGCAGCAGGGCGCCGAGGGCCAGGAUCCGCAGAAGACAGCCAGCAUCGCGCAGGGCAAGCGAAAGCAGUGCAGCAAGCCAGUCGAGAGCUGGGAACCAGCGAAGAAAGGAAGGAUCGACUCCACCGCAGCAGCCGAGGGCGAGCAGAUGGGAGAGCAGAAGAAGGGCAGCGGCAAAGGCAAGCAUCACAAGAAGAAGAUCCAUCAAGGUGCCAUCGCCAGCGCCGCCGCGCCACAGGAGACCGCGCUGGGCGACGAGGAAGAGGGCAGCGAGGGGGAGGCGGAGCAGCGGCCGAAGGCGACGCCCGCGGGCGCCCGCAAGGAUGGGGAUAGCAAGCCGAAGGCAGGAAAGGGCAGGCCAAAGGCCAAGGGCAAGGCAAAGGCAAAGCCACCUGAGAGGAAAGACGAUGAUGACGAGGACAAAUACGAGCACCUUGCCACGCCGCCGCCAGCCAAGAAGGCGAGGGCCACCGCAGAGAGCGCAGACAAGAUGGCCGACACUGACAAGACAAGCAUCACCCCCCUCCAAGAGUGCCACGCGCGGGUUGCACGUGCCAGGCCCGAUUGCAAGGUGCUCGAGGACGCGAACGGCAUGGUCUGGAAG